AUGUUGUCGCUUAGCCGGCGUGUCGAGCUUGGACUGGUUAGAGCUGCGUUUGGGCCAUCGAAGUGUGCUGCACACUCUUUCACCUACUCAAUCACCUUCGCGGACAAAAGAGGCGCUUUCCGAACUCGUCGCUUCCCCAUCACCACUGCCAUCGACCGCGCUUUCGUAACGACCCUCGAUGCUGGUAACAUCCAUCUAGUUCGGUGCAGGCAACUCGUCGCUACCAUGUCGGGUCGCUCCAACACGAUCAAGGACAUUCGGUCCAAGAUCAAGCACGAAAACGCAAACCUGGGAUCUGGCACCGCGGCUUCCUCCUUCAGCUCGGCCCGACAUCAGAUACCACACGUUGGCGAAGCGUUCGGCCAACAUCCUGGCUCGGUCUCUCUAGCUGGAGCCGCAGCGUACAAUCCGACAGCACCCUCGAACCCAGCCGGUUUCGGUGCUGGCCCCUCCUUUGUCAGUCUCGCGCCCUCUGACUCCAUAUCAAAUUAUGAGGGAAGGCCAGGUCAUGGUCAUUCGCUCUCCACAUCGCAAGCGUAUACUUCCAACUAUAACGAUACAAGUGCGGGCCGCCAGCAGCAGCAGCAGCAGCAGCAGCAAGCAGGCAUAUACGCCCGACCUGCCAGUCCCAGCCACCAAAGCACCGCCAGCUUCGCUCUAGAUCCAGCCUAUGCCGCCUCCACAAACAAUCCAGCUUCAGCGUCCCACAGUCGUAACCCAUCACGACAGGAUGCAUCCGAUCCGCCGCAGCCACACUCGCCGCUCCGUCCGGCUCGCUCGAUGCGCAGACCCACACAGGCACCCGAGGUGCACAGAAACCUCGCCACUAUGUCGAGCUCGAGCACAGCACAGGAUCGUGCCCGUAUACCUCCACAAAGACCGCAGCUUCAGAUCCCUCCUGUCGGCUCCACUUCGCGUCCAGCUGCCGGCCCAGCCUCGCCUGCAAGGAACGGUCCGGGCAGAGAUCUGCUCGCCGCUUCGCGCUCGCAAGGCACGAGUCACUCGCGCAAUCAAUCUGCUCAGAGCACAGGCAGUGCCGGUGGCUCUCUUGGCUCUCACGCUUCGCCGCCGUUCGAUCGUCACACUCGCACCGCGCAGCUCAUGGCACAGGUGACCCGCACAGGCACUCCUUCCAGCCAAGCGGACUCGGAAGAUCACGACGACCUCUACGGCGGUCUCUCGCCCGUCGACGCUCCAUCCGAAGGCCAUGGUGCCGCGCUGUACAGCAAUCAUCCCGGCUCCAACGUCCUCUCUGUACCCGGUCAGCGUCCGCAGCGUGACCCGCGUCGACAGUCGGGCGCGCCCUUGGGUUCGCUCACCGAGGAUAGUCAACCUGCCGCUCUCGAUUCGGUCCUGUCUGCACUCACGUCGGCCGGAAGAAAGCGCCAAGCCGCUCGAAUCAUGCGCGGAACGACCGCCGAAGAAGAAUCGCGUCGACGUCGCAACGAGAAAAAGAUCUCGGAGACCUCGCAACAGCAGCGCAAGUCCCUUGCCAGCUACGUUGACCGCUCCGAUCCUCGCGCCUUCCAGUCCAUCAAUGCCGUGCUGCGCAAGGUCGAGGCCGAAUGGCCGUUUGUCGCCAACGAUCAGUUCAACUCGGUGGCUUUAGCUCUCUCCAUGCUCGACGAGAGCAGCCUUGGCGCCAGCCGGUUCGAGUUCGACCAGGUCAAGCAGAUGAUCGAAACGGCGCUGCAGGGCACAGUAGACGACCACUACGAGUCCUUUGCCGGCGCCAUCACGACCCAUAACAGCGUGCUGCAGUCGCUCACAGCAGCUCAGACCAGUGUCAGCGGCGCCAGACGACGCCUCAGAGACUCGAGGGAGGCUCUGGGUGCCAAGCGUGCCGACCUCGUGCAGAUGUGGCAGCGCAGCCAGGCGGUCAAGGAAGCGCUCAGGCUGCUGGAUCUGGUCGAGCACCUCAAGUCUGUUCCGGACAAGUUGGAGGGGCUGAUGGCCGAGAAGCGGUUUUUGGAGUCGGUCAACCUGCUCGUGCGCUCGCUCAAGACGAUCGACAAGCCGGAAGUGGUCGAGGUCGGCGCGACCAACGACCUUCGCGCCUACCUCAAGGGUCAGGAAGGAGCCAUGCUCGAGAUCCUGAUCGAGGAGCUGCACAACCACCUCUAUCUCAAGAGCUACUUUUGCGAUGCCAGAUGGAAGACGUACAGCGUGGGGCAGGACGAGCUGCCGGUCGUCAAGUUUGGGCUUGACUAUCGAGAUUUCGGCGGCGCAACGGGUUCUGAUGCGAACAUCGAUUCGGUGACCGGUUUGAAAGGCUCGAGCGAGCCUCUGCAGCUGACGCAGUACCUGCAGCUUCUCAGAUCGAGGCCUGCCUUUGACCCGAAUUUGGCUUCUGACAUUCCGGACUCGGCGCUCAUGACUUCGACCAAGUCUGUCUCGGCGCUGACCGGCGAAGUGCGGUACGGCAGCGGCGAUGCCACCGGUGGAUUGGAUGGGAGCAUGUCAACGGGUCUCGACGGCGUCCGCUCCGGAGGCAGGUACGGCGCCGACUUCGAGCAGAAUCCCGAAGCCGAUUCUUUCCUCUACAUCGAGAUGCUCCUCGAAUCGCUUUCGCGGCUCGGCAAGCUCGGUGCAGCUCUCGACAUCAUCUCGCAACGACUUGCCAUGGAAAUCCAUCAGCUCGUCGAUACCACCAUCGACGAGGUGGAUGCGCGCAACGAGCCGCUGCGACGCUUCUCGGUUGCGCUCCGUCCCGAGUCGGUGCUGCUCUCCUCGUCAACUGCGCUAGCGCGAUCGUUCAGCGAAUCGAUGCGGACGUCUCGCUCGUCGUUCAACCUUUCCAAGCGUCCGUUGUCGACGAUGCUGCGCAUCUCGGCGGGUGAGACGUCGGCGUUGCAGAGGGAGGGCGAGACGAUGCGCGAUCUGUUCUGGACGUUGUUUUCGAAGCUGGAUGCGGUGCUGCAGGGGCAUAGGGUGGUGUACGAGGUGGCGGGGAUGAUUGCAAGUCGCGCAGGAUUCAAGGAUGAGGUUGCAUCGAAAAAAUUAUCGGGGGUGGGGGCGUUGUUGCAGGUGUGGAAGCCGGUCCAGCAGGAGGUGAGGACGCUGCUGCAUGAUUAUCUGAUGGAUGAUGAGGGGGCGAAUUCGCAGAGGAACGCCGUGGUUUCGGUGAACGAUGUGUUGAGGGACCAUAGGUUUGGGAGGGACCGGAGCAAGCAGCUGUUCAAGCUGGCGGAUGCGGGGGUGAAGAGGGUGGUGGGGAGGAGGGAGGUUGGGCCGUUGCAGAGGCAUCAGCUGGCGGUAACGCAGGCGCUGAAGGCGUCGGUUCCGGGGUUGGUCAGUUCGAUCGAUGCGGGCGGGAUGGGAGGUGCGAGGGCCGGGAAUCAGAUUAUCGUUUCGUCUGCUGCUGCUCUGGGGUCGAUGUCGUUGACGUCGGGCUCGAGUGUUGCGGCCGGUGCAGGUCGCACGGGACGCGGUGUCGAACCUUACACGGGCGCCGGGCAUCGACUUCUGGUCAAACCGGAUGCGUUCAACGUCUCGGUGCUCUUCCAGCCUGCGCUGGCGUUUGUCGAGCGAGUCGCAGCCGUCAUGCCACGCGAAGCGGCAGGAGAAACCUCGCGCGGCUUUUCGACGUUCCUCGACGAAUUUGUCCAGGACAUCUUCCUCCCGCAGCUUGAAGACAAGGUGCAGACGCUGUUCAACGGCGCCACCUCGCACUCGGAUAGCUUUGCGGCCGAUCCAGCGUCGAGACACCUCGACGAUCGGCCCGUGGUCAAGUCGGCAUCGAACGUGAUCGUGCUGAUCGACAGUCUGUAUUCGAUGCUCAGAACGACGCCGUUCCACAGGGAGAGUUACUCGAGGUUGAUCGUCACGGUGAUCGUUCAGUUCUACCAGAGGUGCGGGGAGAGGUUCAGGGAUCUGAUGACGGGUGAAGGGGAAGGGGUAGGGGGAGGGGAGGGGGAGAAGAAGUAUGCGGUGUCGGCGAGUUGGGCGCAGAGGAUGGAGAUGGUGGCGUGUCUGGCGGAGAUGAGGGAGGCGGGGACGAGCGAGGUGAGGAGGAGGGAGUUGAUGGCGCAGGAGGCGAAGUUCGAAUUGGGAUAUGCGAAGGGGGGGGAGCCGAUCGGUGUGUACGAGUUGACGACGAGCAGAAAAAAGUUGCUGGCGUUGGGGUGUCUGCAGCACAGUGUGGAGUGGUUUGCGACCAACGUGGGGAGGUUGAAGGCGGUCAGUAACGAUCAUGGAAAGGAUGUCAGGGAGAAGCGGGCUAGGGCGAGGUUGAGCGUCGUCGAUCCGCUAUCGCUCACGAACCGAUUCGAAGAACUUUCCACCAUAACGUCCAACACCGAGGAGGAAGAAUUGCCACUCCCGCUCACACCUGAUCUAGUCGCCCGCUACUCGACAAUCUCCGGCGUCUACACCGCCCUCUCCUCCUCCAUCCUCUUCACGCUCCGACUCGAACUCCGUCUGCGCAUCAUCACCUACCUAUCGCUCUCCAUCACAGAAUCGUCGUACAUCAUCAACGAUACCGCCACAGAACCUUCGCCGCACAUUGUCGAUCUCAACUCGGAACUGGCCAACCUGGACGACAUUUUGACGGAGACGCUUUCGGCGACCAACAGGACGUGGAUCUGGUCCGGGCUCUCGGCGUUUGUCGACACGUGCUUCGUGGCGCAGGUGCACAAGGUCAAGGGGAUCAACAGGGAGGGCGUUGGGAAGAUGGUGAGGGGUGUGUUGGCGGUCCAGCAGAAUCUGAAGAAUAUCUUGGGCGCAACAGAGGUAACGUUGGAUAGGUGCAGGAGGUUCUACGAGCUGCUGUACGCCAAAACCCCCAACGAACUGCUGGCAAGCAUGAAGAGGUUCCAGGAUGCUUUCCGCAAACAAGGGGUCAAAGCCGUAGGCUUCGCCGAACUUCAAGCCAUCCUUCAACUCGCACUGGGUAUCGAGCCUCCUUCCUCCGGAUCCAAACCGUCCAGCGCGGUGAGCGGGGACAAGCUCGCCUUAGUGCAGCCAAAUGCAGGCACGCUGGGCCUGACUGACGGUGUGUCGCGUCAAAAGCUGAACGAGUAUCUCAUCGAGUUGCACGAGGUCGCCGGGGACCACGAUUCGGAUGACGACUAA